AGCCGUAUCAACAGUUCAUUCGCCUAAAAAAUAUGAAUCUAUUUAUACUUCUCCGCCUUCGAUACCUAUUAUUGUGAAGGUUAUGAGACCCGCAUGCGCGUGUGUCAAUAUUAAUAAAUUUUAAUUUCAUGGUCUAGUUCACUGUGCAUCAAACAAUUGUAUAUUUUUUAUCUAAAGUAGGAACCACUAGUUCCUUCCCAGUCCGUGGCCAUGAAACCUUUCUCUCUACUGUAUGUGUCUCUGGGUGCCCUUCUAAUUGACCAAUGAGCUACCCCCUCGUCCUCAAUGAGGGCUUUCAUCGGCAACCACAGAAGGUGGCAUCUAAUCUCCUGUUAGAAAGGAUUUACUGACAUUCAUGUUGGAGUAUAUAUAAGUGAGUUCCAGAAUUCUUGUGCACAAAUUCCUGGUUUAGGAAUACGAGCAUAUGACUAUUAAUCCAAUGAGAAUGUUUUCUGGAAGAUGAUGAUGAUUGGACAAUAAUGGAAUGUUAGACAGGGAGAUUGGAUUAUAAGUAGAGAAAGAUAGAUAAAUUAGAAAAAGAAGAGUUAGAAGAAUGAAGAAAGUUAGUGGUUACUACCAUAGCUUUCGAUAACACAUGACUUAAAGAACCUUGUUUCCUGUAUAUAUCAUUAUUAUGCUUCCUCUAACCCAAGCAAUUACCCUUAACAAUAAUAGACUUUUGUUUCACCAAAUAAGCAAUUCUAAAAUUAACGAGUAAUUCAAAAGGUGCAAAAUAGGAAGUGACGUUAUGUUUUAGGACAGAAUUAUACUUCUUAUGCUUGUUUCUAUUAAGAAGAACUCCUAUUAUAUUUCAAUGAAAAAAAAAAUAAAAAACAAGCUCUGGGGCGGGCAUGCAACUAUAAUGCUGCAAAUACGUAAACAUCGAGAAAUUUCAUAGGUCAAACUUAAAUUUUAUCAAUACAAGAGAUAACGAGCUGUUACGGAAAUAGAGUAACAACAAAUUACAAGCGGAGAUAUUGAAAACCAUGUGACAAUAUAUUAUUUACUCUAAGCUCAGUCAAACAAAGAGAGAGGUAUAAAGAGGUGGGUAUUGCUGUUAUUUACUAUGCUCUAUAUACCAAACCAAACAAAAUGCAAUUACUUUGGGUAAUUAUCUCUAACUUAUUUCUCCAUGUUAUAUUGGCGUCUCCUGUUACAGACUUUAAUGUAAAAAGAGGCCUCCCAACACUACCAUCAAAUGAUCCCUUUUAUUCUCCUCCCCUAGGGUUCGAGUCACAACCUCUAGGUGCUAUUUUAAAGAGCCGUAAACAAGAGCACCUAUUUGGAAUUGUUGUGAUUCCAGAAAAGAUUGAAGGUGCUUACCAAUAUUUAAUCCGCUCGGAAGAUACUUUUGGAAACCCUAUUGCUGCUGUUGCCACCCUCUUCAUUCCAAAGAAUGCGGAUCCCAACAAGUUAUUAUCUUAUCAAGUAGCUGAAGAUACAUCAAAUAUUGAUUGCUCUCCCUCAUAUGCAUUGCAAUUGGGGUCAAAUCCAGAUACUAUUGUUACAGCUCAAAUUGAACAAUUAUUGGUCCAAGGUGGAUUAAAUCAAGGUUGGUAUGUUGUGGUGCCAGAUCAUGAAGGACCAAAAUCCACCUUUGUUGCUGCACACUCUGCAGGUAAAAUUGUAUUGAACGCUAUUAGGGCAGUUAUUCAGACUGGAAGUACUACUGGACUCAGUAAUAAUCCAAGAAUUGCACUUUGGGGAUAUUCUGGUGGAUCAUUGGGCACAGAAUGGGGUGCUAUGUAUCAUAAAACAUAUGCACCCGAACUUAACAUUGUUGGCGCAGCACUUGGUGGUAUCAUUGUUGAUAUUGAUCACAUGGCUAGAUACAAUCUUGGAAAACUCUUUGCGGGAUUUGUUGUAACAGCAAUUAAUGGAUUGUCACAUGAGUAUCCUGCCUUGAACGAUUAUAUCAACAAUAAUGUGUACGAAUCAAAGCUUGAUUAUUUUAGAAAAACAAAUACACUCUGUUUGCUAGGAAACCUUUUGACGUACCCAUUUGCUAAACUUGAGCAAUUUAUUUCUGUUGGAAUUAAUUCUUUAAACGACCCAAUAGUUAAGAAUAUCACCUCCUCAAACAAUGCAUUAUUGAGUGAGCUUAUCCCAGAUAUACCAUUGUUUUUCUAUGAUUCCAUCUAUGAUGAAAUAGUCCCAUCUUCUGAUACUGACAAAUUGUAUGACAAAUGGUGCGCUGCGGGAGUUCCUAUUUCAUAUCGUCAAGAUAGGAUUGGUGGACAUAUUACCCAAGCGGUCUUAGGCUCUGGAGAAGCAUUCAAUUUUGUCAAAGCAAGAUUGAAUGGUGUCGCAGCCCCUCAAGGAUGUAAUAAGGUUAUUGCUAUUUCCAAUGUUUUCUCCCCCACAGCUUUAAAUGGGUUGGGAAGUAUUAUUUCUGCUGCUAUCAAAACUAUAUUUUUAAAACCUCUUGGCCCAUUUUGGAUGCAAUAAGGAUCCUGAGCACGAACGAUGAAAUUCGUAUGUAGUUGCUGAAUAUGUUGAUAUUGAUAAAGAUAUUGAAAUGUGAAUAUAUGAUUACAUUUAACCUUUUUUUU